AUGGACGGGGUGCCGGUGGACCCCAAAGAAAUUUUAAAGGGAGUGGAGCUUCUUCUAGGGAAGGAUGGAGGAUUAUGUAGCCUGGAGGGAGUCCCGAAGAUGUUCAGCCUAAUGAAAGCCUCUUCCAAGAUGGUCAGUCGGUGUAUGUACUUGAACAUCCUACUUCAUACGAAAUCUCAUGAUGUUCUCAACAGAUUCAUCCGAGUUGGAGGCUACAGGCUACUAAACUCGUGGCUCACCUAUUCCAAAACCACCAACAAUUCUCCUUUGCUGCAGCUUAUUCUGCUCACUCUGCAGAAGCUGCCCCUCAAAGUGGACCAUUUAAAACAAAACAACACAGCAAAGUUGGUAAAGCAACUGUGUAAAGCGGCAGAGACUGAAGAAUUAAGAAAGUUGGCGUCAGUGCUUGUCGAUGGCUGGAUGGCAACCAUUCGAUCCCAGAGCGUUUCGAGCAAUUCCAGCAGUCCUGCCGAUAAGAGGAAGAAGAAAGAAGACAGCAAGGUCCCAAACAAAGAGGUAAAGGAAAAAAGUGGGGAGGAAGAGAAGAAAAAAGACAAGGCUAAAGCUCACGCGCCUAGUCAUGCCAAAAUCCGUUCCAUAGGUCUGGAGAUGGACACGCCAAACCCUGCCCCGGCUAAGAAGGGCCCUGCAGCUCCUCAGCUCGGUGACAAGUACAACAUCAAGCCUCCGGUCCUGAAGAGGUUAAGCUCCGGACCAUCUGAUAAUCCUCCACUGGAGAAGAAAUACAAGCCUCUAAACACGCCUUCCAACGCAGCCAAAGAAAUUAAAGUCAAGAUCAUUCCAGCGCAACCCAUGGAGUGCACAGGAUUCCUAGACGCCCUCAACUCUGCUCCAGUGCCUGGUAUCAAGAUCAAGAAAAAGAAAGCUGCCGCCGCCGCCGCCUCAUCGCCUUCUAACGCCAAGGUCGUGUCCCCGACCGCAAACAAGACAAAUCCGUUUGACAGUAAACCAUCGACGUAUUCCUCAUCUUCCACCAAACCGACGUCUCCGGAGACGCUUUCGUCUAAUAGUACUUUUGAAAACCAGGAGACGGAGCGGCCCGGGACGCCCGUGCCUACGGAAGACCCCGACUCCGCGGACACUGGAGACAAACCGAACGCUCUGUCGGAACCACGCGGAGAAGAAGACUUGACCAAGAAAGGCAAGAAAAAGAAAACGGUUCACUGGGCUCAAGAAGAUAACCUCAAGCAUUACUUUUAUUUCGACCUGGACGAGACGGAGAGAGUCAACGUGAAUAAGAUUAAGGACUUUGGCGAGGCGGCCAAACGGGAGUUGAUGAUGGACAGGCAGACUUUUGAGAUGGCCCGACGGCUUUCCCACGACACCAUGGAGGAGAGGGUGCCCUGGACGCCUCCGAGGCCGCUGACGUUGCCCGGCAGUCUGGUCGUUCCCGGCUCCGGCAGCAGAGAAAAGCUCACCCAGCGGGAUCGGGAGAUGGGCAUCUUACAGGAGAUCUUUCUCAGUAAAGAGAGUGUGCCUGACAGUCCACACGAACCAGACCCGGAGCCUUACGAACCCAUGCCUCCUCGACUCAUACCCCUGGAUGAGGAUUCGUCAGUGCCAGACGAUAGCUACUCGGAGCCCAUGGACACGUCUCAGCAAUUUCCCGCGAUGGUCCAGAACGAGGGCUCCAAGCUGCCCCCCGUCCUUGCCAACUUGAUGGGCAACCUCAACAACAACUCCCGUAGCCCCCAGAACACAAACACUGUCAACAAUCCCGGCACGUCGGCCGUCAACGUACAGGAGCUGCUUUCUUCUAUCAUGGGGGCUUCUGGCAGCCAGUCUACCGAAGACCUCAUCAAGCAACCCGACUUCUCGGAUAAGCUUAAACAACUUCUGGGUUCCUUGCAACAGACGCAAAACCAGAACCAAGGACCUACACCAGUUAACCCAAAUUUGUUGGGUCACGGUCCUAUGAACAACAUGAACAACUUGCACAUGCAAAUGCCCAUGAACAGCGGCGGCGGCGGCUUCCCGCCCAACAUGCCUCCGGGCGGUCCCCGCUUCAACCACCCUCCGCCGCCCCACAAUCACGGGCCGCCUUUCAACGCCGGCGGAGGCCCGCGAAUGAUGGGACCGCCGCCGGGACAGGGCCGCGGAGAUAACGGCAACUACUGGGGAGAAGACUCUAUGAGGGGCGGGCCGCACCGAGGGGGGCACUUCCACCGGGGAGGAAGAGGCCGAGGGGGAGAGCCCGGCUUCAGGGGCCGAGGGCGAGCGGGGCCGAGAGGCGGACACAAUAUGAAUGACAUGUCCAUGCGGCCCGUUUGUCGACACUUUAUGAUGAAGGGAAACUGCAGGUACGAGAGCAACUGCGCUUUUUAUCACCCCGGCGUCAACGGACCGCCGUUUCCCCCCAACCACCCCGCAAACAACCAGCACGGACACUGA